CAACAAAGAGUACCUUCCAAUUCUAACUCUGUUUAGUGUGUGAGGCAUUUUCUCAUCACCUACCACUGAUAACUCCAUCUUUCCUUCUUAUAAUCCCCACCAUUUUCUCUCUCUUUUGUGUCUCUGGGUUACAGGUUUUAGGAAGGGAAAUGUGUUGUCUGAAAGCACCAUCUCAGCUUAGAUUCAGACUCACAUUUUCCAUCCUGAAAAAAACCCAUAUAGGAAAUCCAACCAAAUUGGCUAUAUAACUCAUGUUCUGAUGUGGGUUCAUUUGGGUGUCUUUGGGUGUCUUGGGAUGUGGUCUUGUUAGACAUGAGUGUGUGUUUGGCCAGAGAUCUAGGGUUAGUGUCUUCUUCAUUGUCUGUGGAGAAGGUAUGGUGAUGAGUUUUCUGAGAUCUGAGCUCUGAAGGUUGUUCUUCUCUGUCUUUAUCUCAGAGGUGUUUUGACAUUCAAAAAAUGGCCAAUGAUCUGAAUGCUGAAUUAUCCAAACAAACAAUCAUUUUUGGUCUCAAAGUCUGGGAAUUGAUUGGGACCAUUGUUGGGUUAUUUAUUAUACUUAUCCUCUGUGCAUUAACCUUUCAUCUUACUUCACGAAAGAAGUCGAGGAAAGCUGUAGACAAGAUUCCCCUGAGCCACAUUCCAACUGUUUCCAAGGAAAUUAAAGAAGUACAAGUGGAGCAAGUGUCUAAGAAUGAAUUUGUUCCACGCGACGGGAUUCUACUCACCAUUCAUGACAAAUCCAGUGAUAAAGGAUCAGAAAAGGUUAUGGUCCAUCAAGGUAUGGGGAAAACGAAGAACGGAGAUAACAGUAGUCAGUCAGGCUCGUUUAAUAAUUUUGGUGGAGGGUCUCAAUCUGGUGAAGAAGGAAACUCUGGCAACUAUGGUGUGAAUAAGCCUUCUUCACAGUCAAUAGCUGCUCCUUCUCCUCUCGUUGGUCUGCCUGAAUUCUCUCAUUUGGGUUGGGGUCACUGGUUUACAUUAAGGGAUCUUGAACAUGCAACAAACCGAUUUUCAAAGGACAAUUUUCUUGGUGAGGGUGGAUAUAGUGUUGUUUAUCAGGGACGUUUGAUUAAUGGGACUCCAGUGGCAGUCAAAAAGCUUCUCAACAAUCUGGGCCAAGCAGAGAAGGAAUUUAGAGUGGAAGUUGAAGCUAUUGGUCAUGUGCGCCAUAAAAAUUUGGUUAGACUUUUGGGGUAUUGCGUUGAAGGAACUCAUAGGUUGUUAGUUUAUGAGUAUGUCAACAAUGGCAAUUUGGAACAAUGGCUUCAUGGAGCUAUGCGCCAGCAUGGAAAUCUUACUUGGGAGGCUAGGAUGAAGAUUCUCCUUGGCACGGCUAAGGCUCUUGCCUACUUGCACGAAGCUAUUGAGCCAAAAGUGGUGCACAGAGACAUUAAGUCGAGCAAUAUAUUGAUUGAUGACGACUUCAGCGCCAAGGUUUCUGAUUUUGGCCUGGCCAAGCUACUUGGUGCUGGAAAAAGUCACAUCACAACUAGGGUUAUGGGAACCUUUGGAUAUGUAGCUCCUGAAUAUGCAAAUACUGGCCUUUUGAAUGAAAAGAGUGAUGUCUAUAGCUUUGGGGUUGUGCUUCUGGAAGCAAUUACAGGACGAGAUCCAGUGGAUUAUGGUCGUCCUGCCCAAGAGGUAAAUCUGGUUGAUUGGCUGAAAAUGAUGGUUGGAAGCAGGCGCUCAGAGGAAGUGGUGGACCCAAACAUUGAAACCAGGCCAUCAACGAGAGCUCUUAAACGAGCACUUCUGACUGCUUUGAGAUGUGUUGACCCAGAUUCUGACAAGAGACCCAAGAUGAGCCAAGUUGUUCGUAUGCUUGAAUCAGAGGAAUAUCCCAUACCAAGAGAGGAUCGAAGGCACCGUAGAACUCAAGCAGGUAGCAUGGAGACUGAGUCACAGAGGGAGAAUUACGACACCGACAAGAGCGACAAUCCAGAUCCAAAUCCAAGGUCAGAGAGUAGAAAAAUCUACAAAAAAUAACCAAACAUGUCAUUCUCUAUCAGCACAUUUAUUUGAGAAAUAGAGCUGGGGUUUUUGUCGAGGGAGGGGAGAGAAAUCUUUUGGUUGUCUUUGUUUUCUGUUUUUUCUGUGUUUUGUAUUUAAAGUAGAUGGAGAGAUGAUUGUUUUUUCUUUGUUUUUGUUUUUUUUGGGUGUGUUUGUAUGAAAGUGGUGAUAUUGUGUAAAAACCAAAACCAUUUAACGGGGGUGUGUACAGGAGGUUCUUUUAGCUACCUUGCUUGUUGAAAUGCUCUUUUUUCUAUUUUUAAAAACCAAAAACCCGUCUGUGUAUGUCAU